AUGGCUGAUGAACCUCGACGGUCAGUCCGCGCGACAAAAGGGCAACAUACGAAAAGUCUAGAUCUGCUAGACGAGCCAAUUGCGCCGAAGAAGAAAGCCACCAAGAAGACCGCGAAGAAAACAGAAGAGCCGGAGGACGAAGAACCAGAGAUCAUUCGAUGUGUUUGCGGCGUCACGGAGACAACCGACGACGAUGAUGAGCCAUGGAUUGCGUGUGAUGUUUGCAAUGAAUGGCAACAUAAUAUUUGCGUUGGAGUAAGUCGAUUUGAAGAGGACGCCCCAGAACAUUAUCGUUGUGAAAAACACAAUCCAACAUUUCCACCUCACAAAGAGCUACUUGACGGUCUUAAGAAGGGUAAAAAGAUCUGGUUAGAAAGGCGUGCAAAGGUGAAUCAGGAGAUUGCAGAGGAAAAGAAGUCGAAAAAGAAGGGUGGGAAGAAAGGGAAAUCUACCAAAAGAGCAAGUGAGGCAUCCGAGCUCAAUCUACCAACAAAUGGGAAAGCGAAGUCGCCAUCAGCAUCCGUUCCUCCACCCGCUGAAGAGAAGAAACCGGUCGCAAGAUCUGCCAGUACCAAGAGAAAGGCGAGGGAUGAAUCUCAAGACAAGGAGUCUAUCAAGGAACCUCAAGCAAAGGUUCGGAAAACGUCGCCCACACCAGCUACUCAACCACAGAAGUCACCGCCUUCAGACCUUCCUGUCAAAAUCAUGGAUCUCGAGUCGAUGAGAGCAGGGGUCGCGAAAAAGAUCAAGGAGAGAUUAGUUCCUUGUAUCAAGCUUGCCAUCAAAAACGGAGUUUACACAUUAUACAUGGGUGACACAAUCGAUUCUAAAGCUGAGAGGCUGGCUAUCCAAAUAGAAGACGCAAUCACAGCAGCAUAUCCAGACAAAGAACCUUAUCGAACGCGUUUUACGGCCAUUAUUUCCAACCUCAAGCAGAACCAAGAGCUUUGCAACGGUCUUCUCACUCGUAGUUUAGUACCAAAAACACUAGCUACGAUGAGCACCGAUGACAUGGCCAGCAAAGAGCUGAAAAGAGAAACGGCCAAGAUGAAAGCAGCUCUAGAUAAGCAGUCUAUAAUGAUUCAAGAUGACAAUACACCUAGAGUACGAAGAACACAUAAGGGUGAUGAGGUCGUUGAAGGUGAUGAUUUCGUGGAUCAUGAGGCUACAACGGCUACUGCAACCAGUCGAAGUAUGCGGGAUCCAAAUGCGGAUAUGACAACUCCACCAUUAGGAAACACAGAGGGCGACGAAGUCGAGCUCCCAGCAGAUAUCGAUGACUAUCACUCCCGGGAUGACAUUCGCUCGGCUUUACCAAGGCAGCCGUUGACGGUAGACACAAAGCCUAACCAACCUCCCAUGAGGAAAGCCUCGUCGCAAGCUGAUUUUGAUAUUAACAAGGUAUAUGCUAGUGUUCAGUCACCCGUCAAUGCGCAACACCAUAAUCGAAGGCAAUCUACCAAUAUAGCUCCGCCUGCAAAUGGACCUGGCGAGGACCCUGACAUCGACAGAAUGCUUGAUGAUGUAUCUCCACCAUAUUCACCCGCUGCAGAUUUUUCAGACCCGGAGAUUGUCUGGCGAGGCAACGUCGUCAUGGAGUCUGUGGCCAAAUUUCCAGCCUUCGCAAAGCUUGUUGCGGGUGUAGAUGUAAGCAGGAAACAACCUUGGACGGAAAUCAUUUCAAAAGACCUUAAGGUCGCCGGCCGUAUUAUGCAAGAUAAGGCGAACGAAUAUCUAUGCAGUCUCAGAUAUAGUCAGCCCACGGACGUCGUUGUGCUUGCAAUCACUGCAACUGAUGGUCCAGACACCGACGGCUUCAAAGCUUUGUUUGACUACUUUCACAGCAGGGAGCGAUACGGCGUUCUGGCAGAUAAAGGUACUGGCAACGUCAGAGAUAUAUACCUUAUCCCAAUGUUGCCAAGUCCAAGCCCUAUUCCUGAAUUUAUCUAUAAUUUAGAAGAACACAGGGUUCCGGAGAACAGAACCGAAAAAACUCUGCUAGUAACACUUGUCAUUCGUAACAAUGACUGGAACCCAGAAACAGCUCAGACUCCUAGCAAUGGGCCAGAAGCACAAAGUCCUUCAGUCGUCAGUCAAGCUGGUCAUGCGCAGCGAGCAAUGUCUAUAAGCGGCGCCCCACCAGCCAUGUCACCAAUUCAACCACAGUCCAGCACUUUCGCGACACCACAACCGCCCCAGAACAACGAGUCUACAUCAGCUGCAGAUCAAGCGAAGAGAGAUGAACAAAAGAGGCUGCAGGAACAAAACGAACCAAUCGCUCGCUCGAUCCUCGGUACAUUCGCUGGAGCCCCGACCGUAGCAUUCUUAAUGCCAAUGGCACAUAUGAUGCGGCCUGUCGAAUGGGAGAUUAUUCGAGACAUUCUAGGAACGGAUGAGAAAGCUCGGAUUGAUCUGAAGCAUUUGAGUAAUGUUUUGGAAAUCAGGAUGAAAGCUCAUGACGAGAAUCCGCCGGCUGCUUGA